AGUGAACACAUCACCUGACUUCUUGUUGCUUACAGCUUAGGGGAGACCUUGAUCAGAAAAAUCACCGUGAUGGAGGGAAAGUAUUUUAUGCUAGGAGGGCAUGUGAUAGAGGCACCUGAUGGGAUGUGUGUCACUUUCCUAAAAAGGUGACAUUCCCUGACCUGGAGAACUCCCACAGGCCUCUGGUCACUGUUGGGGAGGGCUAGGCUGACGGUAAGAACUGGCCCCAGCCCACUUGGAGGGUAUGCCCACAGCACAGUGAGCUCUCUCUUGAGGGGCUCACAGAUCUUUAGCUUUUCCCACAAAGCCCUUCCCUCCCCCACAGAGUCCUAGGCUGUUCCUUAGGGGCCAGGCCUGGUGACUAAGGGGUUUUCAAGCUAUUCUCACUCCUGUCAGGAGCCCUGCCAUUCAUGGCACACACCACUUUUCCAGACCUGCUAGCUGGCUCCUCACAGAGGUGGAAGGUCCUGACCUCCACAAAGUCCAAACACCAUCCUCACCCCCAUGCUUCUGGCUACACCCCCGCUUAUUUCCAUGAGCUCAGGCAGUGGUUAACUCUUCCUUGCUGGGGCUCAUCAGAGUCCAGUAUGUAAGUCAGCAAAGGGGACAGAAACUGGGAGGAACCAGGGGUCAGGGUCAGUGGGUUGGGCCAAAAAAAGGUGUGCUUAAGAGCCCAUGGUGGCCCCUGCGCAACUCCCCUCUACAAAAUGCAGACCUCUUCCAGCCGCCUCCGCAGGUGUCUCCAAGUGUUUGCUGUCCUGCAGUGGAUCUUCUCCUUCUUGGGGCUGGCCCAGGUGUGCCUGGCUGCUGUGCUCCUUGUAUCUCUAAGCCGGGCCUGGAUCCUAGUGGUCCUCUACCUAGUCUGGCUCUAUGGAGAUAGGGAAACGCCGCAAGCAGGAGGCCGCCGAUCUGCCUGGGUCCGCAACUUGGCCAUCUGGAGACAUUUCCGGGACUACUUCCCCAUCUCGCUCGUUAAAACCGCAGAGUUGGAUCCUUCCCACAACUACCUCUUCGGCUUCCAUCCUCACGGAGUCCUGGUCAUCGGGGCCUUCGGCAACUUCUGCACAGAGGCCACGGGCUUCUCCGGCCUCUUCCCCGGCCUCCAGCCGCACCUGCUCAUGCUGCCUUUUUGGUUUCACCUCCCUCUCUUCCGGGACUACAUUAUGUGUAGUGGUUUGGUGUCCUCUAGCAAGGCCAGCGCCGCCUAUCUGUUGUCCCAUCCUGGGGGCGGCCAGGUGGCUGUCCUGGCUGUGGGAGGGCCCCUAGAGUCGCUGGAGGCAAAGCCCGGAGCGCUGAGCUUGCGGAUCCGAAAUCAGAAGGGAUUUGUCAAGUUGGCGCUGGAACACGGGGCCUCCCUGGUGCCUGUCUUCUCUUUUGGGGAGAACGAGCUCUUUCAGCAGUUCCCUAACCCUCCGGGCUCGUGGGUGCGAAGGGUACAGGAAACGCUGCAGCCGCUGCUGAGAGUGGCCCUGCCGUUGUUCCACGGCCGGCUGGGCCUCCCUUUGCCCUUCCGCACGCCCAUCCACACCGUCGGUCCUGGAUCCCUGCUGGCGGAGGGGAGCUACUAG